AAGAAUUUGACACAAUAGAUGAUGUUGUGACAUUCUAUAAUACUUAUGCUAAAGCAGCUGGGUUUAGUGUAAGGUCUUGGACUACUCAGAAAGAGCCGGGAAGUUGUGAAAUAAGAAGGAAGGAGUAUGUUUGUUUUAAACAAGGAAAAUCUCUAAAAAUCGCGGAUGUUGGAAGAAAAAAAAGACGUCGAGGAAGCUUAGCUGAGGAUUGUACUGCCAAAAUUGUUGUUUUAAAAUCAAACUCCGAAAAAUACAUUGUUACUGUUUUUAAUGAGGAGCACAGCCACCCACUAUCAACACCAUCAAAGGUUCAUCUUUUAAGGUCCCAUCGUAACGUUUCAGCCGUAACAAAGUCUCCAACUAAACAGUUAUCCAUGGUGAAUAUACCUCAGCAUCAACAAUUCAGUUUACUUGGAGUACAAUCUGGAGGUAUAGAAAAUAUUGGGUGCACUCAAAGAGAUUUGUAUAAUCAUGCAAGGGAUAUCCGUGCUGAUUUGAAGGAGCAUGAUGGUGAAAUGUUUUAUGAGUAUUUAAAAUUGGAACAAGGAAAUAAUCCCUCAUUUACUUUUCAAAUUGAGGCCGAUGAGGAACAAAAGAUUACUCGUUGUUUUUGGUCCGAUGCAAGAUCAAGGCGGGCUUAUAAAUUUUUCGAUGAUGUUGUAAUCUUUGAUACUACUUAUAACACUAAUCGCUAUGGCCUUAUAUUUGCACCAAUAAUGGGGGUUAACAAUCAUGGUCAAACAAUUGUUUUUGCUUGUGGAUUUUUGAAUCAUGAGAGCGUUGAUGAUUUUGUAUGGUUAUUUAAUCAAUUUUUGGAAAGUAUGCUUGGUGGUGCCCUGAAGAUGAUUAUUACCGAUCAAGACCCAGCGAUGACUAAGGCAUUUCCUAUUGUUCUUCCAAAUACUUUUCACAGGUAUUGUAGUUGGUAUAUAUUAAUGAAGUUUUCUGAGAAAAUUGAUGCAACGAAGUAUAGUAUUUACAAAAGUGAGUUCUCGGCUUGCAUUUGGAAAUCAGAGACUCCUGAAGAAUUUGAUUUACAAUGGGAAAGUCUGAUUAAGAAAAGUAGGUUAGAAGGAAACAAGUGGUUGCAAGACCAAUAUGAACUUCGGUCAAGAUGGAUUCCUGCAUAUGUUAAUCACAUUUUCUCAGCAGACAUGUCAAGUAGCCAACGAGCAGAAAGUGGACAUGCAUUCUUUAAGAAAUUUGUUUCGAAGAAUAAUUCAUUGGUGGAUUUUAUGAUACAGUUUGGCAGGGGACUAGUGCGCCAACGUCACGAGGAGUUGAUGGCCGAUCACAAAGACUUGAUUGAGAAACCUAAACUUAGAAUAAAUCAUGACUUUUUGGAGCAAAUGGUUGAUAUUUACACUAAUGAGAUGUAUUUCAAGUUUGAGGCUGAAGUGUGUGACAGCUUUAACUACAAGUUACAGUUUGUUAGGGCAACUCAACAAGCAAAUUGUAAAAAGUUUGAAAGCGCCGGAAUCGUAUGUACUCACAUUAUCUCCUACUUGAUGAAAUUUGAUGCUGAAAUAUUGCCCGAUAAAUACAUCUUAAGGAGGUGGACUAAGUCUGCAAAAUCGGGGAUAGUGGUUGAUGAUAAAGAAACGAGGAAGAUGUUUACCAAUGGAGUGCGCAUCAUUAAUGAGCAAAUCGACCAAUUCAUUAGUAGCCACAUGGUUAGUGGCCGCACGGUUGCAAAGAGCUUCAUCGAGAAAAAUAAUCAAAUGAGUAGUAAUUUAAUGGAUGAUGGUACUAGUGUGGAGGAUUCUUGUACUUUUCAAAAUAGUUUCAAUGAACCCGAUCAAGUGCGAGCAAAAGGGUGCGGCAAAAGGUUGAAGGGAGGAAAAGAGAAAGCAAUGGCUAGAGCAAAAAAUAAAAAAGAUAGACGUUGCCACGGGUGUGGUAAAGUAGGCCAAUGA